AUGGCCGCCUCACUCAAAUCCAUCACCGUCUUCCGGGGCUUCCCCGAAAAAGGCUGCUACACCUGGUCGCCCUUCGUGAACAAGCUCGAGGCCCGCCUGCGCUUCGACAACAUUGCCUACAAGGUCGAUACAGGGUCACCCCUCAAAGCGCCUCGAGGCAAGGUCCCAUACAUCACUCUGGAGCGCGACGUUAAGACCGAAUCACUCGGCGACUCCGCCCUGAUCACGAAAUCCUUCAUCGAGGCUGGAAGUCUCACCGAUCUCAACGCCCGACUUUCGCCCGUCGAAAAGGCGCAGGACCUCGCCCUCAAGGCUCUGUUGGAGGAUAAGCUCUAUUUUUACCAGGGCCACGAACGAUGGGUCCAAAACUACUACACCAUGCGCUCCAAGAUCCUCGCCAGCGUCCCCUGGCCUGUACAGGUCGUUCUCGGGAACAUAAUCUACAACAAGAACGUCCGGAACCUGCAGGGCCAAGGAACCGGCACUCUCUCCGCUGAGGAAAUCGCUGCCGCGCGCGAUGAGGUCUGGGAAUCUAUUAACGCCGUUGUUUCGGCAGCGCAUGCCCAGGCGAGAGAGGAGGGUCCUUUCUGGGUGUGGGGUGGGGAUAAGCCUACUGAGGCUGAUGCGGUGGUCUUUGGAUUUGUCGUUGCUGCUUUGGUCUGUGCGGCAGCUCCGGAUAGCAAGGAAAUUGUCAAGGGGUAUCCGGCGAUUGUGGAAUAUGCGAGGCGGAUUCAUGACAAGUAUUUUCCGGAUUAUGAGAUUUGGGAGUAA